AUGAUCGGCAAAAUUACUUUUUCGAAAAGAUUCGGGUUCCUCGAUGCUGGCAAGGACCCUGAAGGAAUCAUGGAGGUACUUGACUCUGCUGCCCAGUUUUCAAGUGCGAUUGGUGUUUACGCAUUUGUUUUCCCUUACCUUAUGAGCCUGGUACACUACCUCUCAUGGAGCAAGGAAGUCAAAGGACCUGCGGUCAUUGGUAAGUAUGCUGCGGACCAAGUGGAAGCAAGGCGCAGUGAAGACAUUUCACAUGACGGACCGCAAGACUUUAUUACAAAGCUACUCCAGGCGCAAAGAGGGCGACCGGAAGCAGUGACUGACGAUGCCAUUCGACUCUCAAGUGGCGCCAAUAUCGCAGCGGGAUCAGACACUACUUCAAUCACAAUGAGCGCCAUCAUCUACAAUCUAUGCAAGCACCCAAAAGUCUUGGAGAAUCUUCGAACAGAGCUCAAGGACAACGAAGCUACUGGGUCUAUAUCAAGUCCUAUUACUUUCCGAGAAGCCCAGGGGCUGCCUUAUUUACAGGCUGUUAUCAAGGAGAGCCUCCGGCUUCACCCAGCUACUGGGUUCACAAUGCCCAGAUCUGUUCCUCCGGGUGGGAAGCAAUUGGCCGGUAGUUAUUUUCCUGAAGGAACAAUUGUCGGUAUCAACUCCUGGGUCGCCCAUCAUAAUGAAGAUAUAUUCGGUCACGAUGCGAUGAAUUUCCGACCAGAGCGAUGGCUAGACUCUAAACAAACCAGCCGCAUGGAGGGAUAUUUCUUCAGUUUUGGCCAGGGCUCGCGCACGUGCAUUGGUAAGAACAUCAGCUUACUGGAAAUCUCCAAAGCGGUUCCGCGGCUUGUCCAGAACUUCGACUUCGAGUUGGAAAACGGUGACAGUUGGCAUUGCGUUAAUCAUUGGUUUGUGAAGCCUACAAACUUUCGAUGUAUCGUGAAAGAGAGGGGGAGGGGUGCUUGA